GGCUUGGAGCGGCCGCGGCAGGCCAGGCUCCCUCCUCGCGCUCAGGCGGUUUAUUGUCUCGCGGCUCCUGAGGCGGCUCUAGCGCGGCGGAAUCGGGACCGGACCUCGCACGGCAGCGGCGAAACCAUGGCUGGUGGCAAGGCUGGAAAGGACAGUGGAAAGGCCAAGGCGAAGGCGGUUUCUCGCUCACAAAGAGCAGGACUGCAGUUCCCAGUGGGUCGUAUCCACAGACACUUGAAGACUCGCACUACGAGUCAUGGGCGAGUUGGUGCUACUGCUGCAGUGUACAGUGCUGCAAUUCUUGAGUAUCUCACUGCUGAGGUGCUGGAGUUGGCAGGUAAUGCCUCCAAGGAUCUCAAAGUAAAGCGUAUCACUCCUCGUCACUUGCAACUUGCUAUUCGUGGGGAUGAAGAGUUGGAUUCCCUUAUUAAAGCUACCAUUGCUGGUGGAGGUGUAAUCCCUCACAUCCAUAAGUCUCUGAUUGGAAAGAAGGGACAGCAGAAAACUGCAUAGAGAGGAGUUUUAACCAACCCUCUUCCUCCCUGUCAUUGUACUGUAACUGGGACAGAAGAAAUAUGGGGAUAUGUGGAAUUUUUUAAGAAAUAGUUAAAUGGAAGAGCAUAGACAAUUGACUGUAGACAUGAGAAAACAUUUGUAUGUUCUUUAGAUUCAAAGUUUGACAAAAAGUAUCUUGUCAUGUGGCAGCAAUUCGUGUGUUGAUUGGCUAGGUUUCUCCCGUGUGUUUUAUACAAAAAUGGAACUGAUAAAACCAUUUUUUACAAAAUUUGCUCUCGUGGUGUUCAGGUGCAAAAAUCAUGUAGUAGAGACUUCACAUCUUCUCUGUGAAGCUGGCUCCCUCAAACUCCACUGGACUAGGUAUACAGGCAAAAGCUCUUUCCCUCUUUAGAUCAGCCACAUCCAUGACUACUUCACUUGGAUGGUUUGUAAUAUAACCUGUUGAAUGGCAUGGGCAAUCUUGGUAGCAAAUGAGUAAACUUUUAAUGGUGCAAAAAAAAUUGAAUUGGCCUAUAGUAUAGGAAUCUAUUAAAAGGUAAAUGCUAUCACUGUUAAAGUAAUGACAAAGUUGAUUUGCUACUUAAAAUUUCACUUACUAAAUGUUGCUGGAAAAUCAUUCUCUCACUUAUCUGCCAAGAUCUGAAUUCAGGGUUCCAGUUGCAUUGCAAGAGCUGAGGACACCACAAGUAUCUAAAGGAAGAAACUAUUUGACUGGUGUUUCUGAUAGCAGCUCUGCUAUCACUGCUGCUGACAGGUCAAUGGAGGGGCUGACCACAAUGGUUAGAAAGCAUUUUCCAUUGUUAAGUAUACCUGUUGUCACUAGUAAGGAUCACAGAUACUGCACAUUUUAAACUAAUAGAAAGUGUAUGUGUGUGGAUUAACACACUGCCCUAGAGACCUGUGAUAACGCUUCCUUUUUUAAUUUUUUUUUUAUUUUAUUUUUUACAAAACGUACUUAUUUUCUUAGCUAUGAAGAACAGCUCAUCGUGGUAGUGGGGAUUCUGCCCUGACCCACGAGUGAUUUCAGCUGUCAGAAUAGAAAGAGUAGAAUGGCAGCAUCGCAAGUUACUUUCCAGUGUGCUGUGGAUAAAUCAAAUGGGCGUCUGCAUCACUUCCCUUCUAAGCCUCAAAGCCAUUCCCAAGUAAAAUCUUCAGUUUGGAAUUUGGGUACCCAAAGUUAAACAAAUGUAGAUUUAGAUAUUGAAACACAAUGCCUUGAUUUUUCGCAGGUGUUAUCUAGAGCUCCCAUUUUCUUUAGCCAAAAGUUCAGGUUGAUCAGACCUUAUUCAGAAGGGGUGAGAGGUGGGAGAGAAUGUGGCCAGAUUCUCCCCCCCCCCCCCCCCCCCCCAAAAAAAAAGGUGUUGAUCAUCUGCAGUUCUCACGCAAGACAAUGGGAGUGAGAUGUGCUCAGCACCUUUGAAAUAAGUGACAUAGUUCAAGUGCUCAACGCUUGGUGCUCAAUUUGUUUCAAGCUAGGUCUUCUGAGCAUCAUUUAAGACACUUCACCUGCAAUCAUUAGUUUUGGUAAGAGUACUGUAGUCCAGGAGACGCUUGCUGUUAACAAAAGCUUCUGGUUAGGGAGACCAUUUUAAGAUGUUGUUCAAACAGCAAGUACGAUCUUUCCUUAAAACACUUUCUGAGCAAAUGCUGAGGUGAAAAUGGGGCUGAAAUCUAUAGCUUCUGCCUACUGCUUCAGAGAUUAAAUGAGCAAAUUUUUUUGACAGUGUAAACUGUCAUUUAACUAGUUUCUGAUUUCCAUCCCCUUAUGGCUGCUUGAAAGCAUCUGAUUCUUUCAUAUUUUAUUUAGCACAAGUCCAUCCUGGUGGAUGUUAAUGUUGGCACAAUUCUGAGUCCAUCACUUUUUGUAACAACAGCAAAAAUAUUACGGAUCUGUGCAUUGAUAAAUAAGUUUCAAUUCA